AUGUUGCGCCCGCCGCCCGCUCCGCGCCCGCGCCUGCCCGCAUUCUCGUCUCAGCUCAGCGCGCGGCCGAGACUCGCGCUCGCACCCACCCUCCAAUCGCCCUCCGGUAGUUAUUUUCAAUCUAACUUCAUACAUAAUUAUGAUGAGGUCUGCGCUCCUCACAAAUGUCCCUGUGGCAGUGAUGUCGACAAACUAGGACAUCACGGACUGUCAUGCCAAAAAAGUGCAGGCCGUUUCUCGAGACAUGCACUUAACGAUAUCAUACGCCGAUCCCUUGCCACCGUCAACAUACCAAGUCUACUUGAGCCGACUGGUAUUGCAAGAGACGAUGGUAAGAGACCGGACGGUAUGAGUUUAAUUCCAUGGAAGAUGGGCCGGGUGCUGGUAUGGGAUGCAACCUGUGCAGACACGCUGGACCCAUCCCAUUUAUAUGGAACCAACAACAGAGCUGUGAGUGUGAGGGCGGGGGGGUCGCACGUAAACAACGGUAGCCGCUACGGGUUCCUGCGCGACUCGUCUGCGAGUAGCGGGCGGCGCGCGGACGGCGGGCGGCGCGUGUUCGGCGGCGAGGCGGCCGCGCUGGCCACGUGGCCGGCGGCGUGCGCGCUGCUCGAUCGCUACUGGAGCCCGCGCUGCUCGGCGACGGUGGUGGCGGCGCGCUGGGCGCUCACCGCCGCGCACUGCGUGUCGCCGCGCCUCGCCUACGUCAAGUACAACUCGCGCCGCCCCGCCGCCCCCGACGGAGACGUCGCGCCAGUACACUAUCUCUACAGACAUCCCGGGUACAAGGUGGUCCAGGAGGACGAGGGCCGCGGUGUGGACGUGACGGUGCUGCACCACGACCUGGGCCUGGUGCGCACCCGCGCCGACAUGGUGCUGCACCACGGCAGCCUGCCCGGCCUGCACUCGCUGCGGACCUACAACCCUCUCCACCUCACCAAUGUUGAAGUACAGGUGUUGGGUUUCGGUCGCACGGAGCGGUCGCCGCUGGGCGAGGAGCUGUUCUCUGUGCGGCUGCGGCUGGCGGCGUGCGAGCGCGGCGCGUGGCUGCACUGCGCGUGCGGCGCCGCGCCCGCCCGGGACCCGCGCGGGGUCUGCGCCGGGGACUCGGGCGGACCCGUGCUCUACAAAGGGCUGCAGGUGGGCGUGACGUCGAUGGGCCCGGUGGAGUGCGCGAGGAGCGCGGGCCGGCAGCCGGCCGCCGGUGCGACCAGCGUGUUCACGAUGCUGUACAACUACGCAGACCUUGUGAACGCUACCAUCUCUAAUACGGACACUCAGCUACGUAUGAGGAUGAUAUCAGCCGCGCCGCACGUGUACGUGCACGUGGCCUACGCCGGUGGUGCGCUGUCGCUGGUAUCCGCCACGCUUGCCUUACUAGCCGCACGGUGGACAUAAUGGAAUCUAAUUUGGACGCGAUAUCUACGCUAGCAGUAUAAGAACUACCUAAUGAAGUCUGUCAUCUAAUCUGGCUAUUUUUAUGCAUUGUGUAAUAGUGAUUCAAUUCGAUAGAACGAAAAUGUAGUAGCCUAAAAUAUUAAAAAAAAUAUAUUCCCACAUAUAUUAUUAUAAUAUUAUUCCGUGAACACCAUUUAUUAGUCUGUA